GCCAACCCGCACCGAAGAAUACGAGCGAAUACCCCAUCUCACCUCUUUGAGCGGGAGAGAAUCCAGACAAGACCACCACGAGAGCCCCUCCCCAUCCACCCACACAGCUGGACCCGUCACCACCACCUCACGCCCUACAGCCCAGGACCUGCCGACAUCCCUUUGGCAUUCGUUCCUGGCCUUGGACUCGCAGCCCUCCCCUGAAACCCUGCCUGCAGAGCCUGCAGACGAGAGCGAGGCGCGCAGAGCGGAACAAACGAUCGCUCCGGCGAAACCCACCCCAAACCCCAGCAGCUCCCGCACCUGGCAGCAGCAACUUUUUUUUGCUCGCGGCUUUUCAUCACCCCUUGACUACGUGCCUCGAUCAUCGUCGCGCGUAGCCAACAACAACCCAAUACCGCAAUCAUGGCUCCCAAGAAGAAGGAGGUCCAGAAGCUCUCCCUCAAUGAGUUCAUGAACGACAACUCUUUCGGAGGCGGAGGUAGCAACUGGGCCGACGAAGUUGAGGAGACCUAUGGAACCCAACCCCUUCCCGCCUCCGACCGCCGUGGCGCUGGUGGAGCCGGCGGCUACGGCUCGGGCUUUGGUGGUUCGAGCGAUAGAUACGCGGGAUAUGCUCGUCAGGAGCGUGAAUACCCACAGGAAUUGCCGACCAAGCCCCCAUACACUGCCCACCUUGGCAACCUCUCCUACGAUGCGACCCAGGAAUCCGUGACCGACUUCUUCGCCGGCUGCGAUGUCGUCAGCGUCCGCAUAGUCGAGGACAGGGCUGAGAUGCGCCCCAAGGGAUUUGGGUAUGCCGAGUUUGCCACCGUCGACGGCUUGAAGAAGGCGCUUGAGCUUGAGGGACAGAGCUUCGAGGGCCGCAACAUCCGCAUCCGCAUCGCCGACCCACCCAAGGAUAGACAUGGAAAUGAGAGCACCAGGGACUUCUCCAACUGGGAGCGAAAGGGCCCCCUGGCCCCAGAGCCUGGUCGCAAUGACCGACGUGGUCCCCGCGAUUUCGAGCCGCGUGCCCCCCGCGACGGACCAGGUGACGACUCGAGACUAAAGGAUAUAUCCUGGGAGAGGAAGGGACCUCUGCAGCCACUUUCUCCUCCUCCCAUGGAGCGUGGUGGGUCCCGCGGUGGUGGAAGCCGAUCUCGAACUACGGACAGCGAGCGGGGCGAUUCUUUCCGUGACAGGAGGGCCUCCCCCUGGGGUCCCGGUGAAGGGCGUCAGGAUGGAUCCCGACCGCCUCGCCGCGAGUUUGUUGAGCGACCAGAGAGAGCUCCCACCGCUGCUGAGAGCAACAACCAGUGGCGCUCUGCGAUGCGACCCGACCCUCCCGCGCAGUCCCCAGCCCCGUCUCGUCCUGCCAGUGAGGCACCUUCUUCACCUGCCCUCGCACCCGCUGCUCCUGCCGCUCCUGGCGGUCGCCCAAAGCUCAACCUGGCCAAGCGUACUGUCCCCGAGGCCCCUGGUGUCAUGUCACCCUCUCUUACAUCCGACUCCAAAGCUAGCCCCUUUGGUGCGGCCAGGCCUAUUGAUACUGCCGCUCGUGAGAGGAUGAUCGAGGAGAAGCACCAGCAGGCGCUCAAGGAGAAGAAGGAAGCUGAAGAAAAGGCGAAGGAAGAGCGCCGGCUGGCCAAGGAGGCCGCCGAGAAGGAAGCCGCCGAGAAGGCAGCUGCCGAGAAGGAAGCCCCUGAGGCUGUCAACACCAACGGCGACGCCGAGGAGAAGGCAGAUGCCCCUGCCAGCACCGAGCCUGCGCCAGAUGCCGCGGCUGCUGAGGCAGGAAAGACCGAGAACGGCGAGAAUGCCGCAGAGACAUCAGAGAAGGCCCCACCGCGAGCCCCGGCGGCUGCUCCGUCGCGAGCCGAGAGCGGAAACUGGAGAUCGUCGACGGCAGAGCGGGGUAGCCGCGGAGGCUACGCUGGGCGAGGGGAGCGCCGCGGAGGCGGUGGCCCUCGGGGUGGGCGUGGCUUUGAUGAGCGCCAGCCCAGCCGAGGCGGCCGCGGAUAUGAAGAGCGCCAAUUCAGCCGGGGUAGCGGCGGCCGUGGGCUUGAAGAACGCCAGCCCAGCCGUCGUGGCGGCGAACCAUCGACGCCUACUACACCUACUGUUGAUGAAGACGGCUGGACCACCGUCUCCGGCGCCGCGAAGAACCGCCGCGGCCGCCCUGUUGCCUCUUGAACUUGUACAAAACCCGGCGUUCCGGCUCGAGCUUGAAAGCACAAAAGAGAUGUGACAGGCUUCUCACUUGUCGUCUUCUGGUCUGGAUUGUUGCGCCGCUUAGUCCCUGCUGCGUUCAGGGGAGGAGAAGUUGCUUGAGAACAAAAGGAUUUCAUGCUUCUGAUCAGUUUCGGUCACGAAUCAAAAAGAAAACGGUUGAAUGGGCGGCGUGGCUUGGCGUCGCGGGAAUUUCAGCAUUUUAGUCACGACUUCUCUCAUUCCCCAUGGUCUCCUCUCAGCAUUAUCCAUUACACGGCGACCUCUUAUCAUCUCUUCUGAGAAGUCUUAAAUCGGAUCGGAUCUUCCCCAGGCACAUACAGUGAUGUUGCUGCGAGAAGGAGACAUGGUUUCUAUACUCUGGAAGAUGUUGAUGCGACUAUGCGGAUGAAGCGGAAACAUGAUCGAAUAUACCAUCAUGCUGUUUUUCGGAUAAGACAGCGCGAUGAAAGAGGGGAAAGGCGAAAAGAAGUGGCUGAGUUGCUCUUUAAGGACGAAGGAGAUUCUGAAGUGACGUUUGAUACCUUACUCCUGCGCAUCGACCACAUCAUAGACUAAAUUCAGAGAAAACCAACUUUCUGUUCCUGUGA